AUGGCUUCAUCCGCCGGCGGCCAGCAGUCACCGUGGCAGUACGAUCACACUCGACGAAUGUACUACCGAUAUGAUGCCCGUACAAAUCAAGUUGUGUACCAGAACGGGCAGCGUCUUUCGCGCCAAGACGUCGUACCGCGUACGACCAAUGUGGGCCAGCAGCAGCCUCAGCAGCCAUCUGCAUUUUCUGGCCCUACGAAUGACGAUGCUGGUUGGCAGAGUGCCGACUCGCCACCAAAUCAGUACCGCCUGUCACGGGGAUCGCGCGCUGAUUCGUGUUCAUCUGCAUCACAAGCCGCCACUACCUCGUUAAAUCAGGCGAUGGGGGGACUCAAUGUCGGUACAGCUCCCACGAGCAACACCACCGUUAGGAAUGGAAUCACUUUCAUAGACACUAGCAACCCCAAUAGUCUGGUUCGCAAUUCGAUUGGCACUUCGCCCGCGGCGGCUUUCACGGAUUCCAGUUUACUACAGCAGGGCGUUCUAGCUCACCGAUACUUGACGGGAAGUGGUGGGGGCGAAGCAGAACAACUUUAUCCAAACUACCGGAUCAAACACCAUAGUUUCUUCUGUGUCGGUCGAGUUUUUCUUGUUCUCUGGGCAGAGCCUAUGGGUGAGACUGGAACCGUCAUCACCUCAGCUGAGCAAGCUGACCCGAGCGUACUUCGUGGACGAAUGGGCGAGCGUGUGUACUCCAAGGUGCGCCGUUUCGUGGUGGUGCGUGCAUCUGCCAACUACUGUAGCGCAUUACCGAUUGCCACGUACGGCUCACAAGGUGUUGGCAAGCCUGGUGUGAAGAAGUCAGAGCACGCUAUCAUCCACACCGGGCGCGAUGCACCAUCGCCACAAGCCUCUGAGGCGCCAGCCAGAGGAGCGGGAGAGUCACCUAUGAGAUCUAUGCCCAUCAGGGUUGUGCCGGACGAUCCUCGCGAGCUCCUGGAUCCCCUAUCCCGGAUCGAUUUCGGGAAGAUCCAUACUGUGCAACACAACAUCAAGGCUAGACCUAUGGGCAUGGUGCACCCAAGUUCAAUGAAUGCACUGACGUCGCAGUUUGAUAGCGUAUGGGCCUCCUCGGGCAGAGCGUCAAGUUCGAGGACUGCCGCAGCAGCACCUCCUACAGCUGUACCAGAGGCAAUGUUGCGCGCACGCGAGGAGCAAGCAAGGCCAAGCGAACGCGCUGGAAACAACGACGGGUCCGGAGACGAUGAGGCAGAAGCCGAAAGAGCUCUGCAGGCGCAACGAGCUCUUGUUCGCAUGGCUAGGCAAGGUCACUCCAGAGAAGAUGCUAUCGCGCAGCUGAUCUCACAGCUACGAGGCCAAGGCUUUUCAAAAGAGGGAGCUACUGCCGAGAUUCGUGCCAGGCUCAAUUACCGCCCACCAGAGCCUGAUUCUGACACAGAAUGA